AUUUCUCCCAUAUACAUACGGCAAAACGCUUCUUUUUUUUGGCAUCUCAUCUAGCACUAUAGCCCACGCUCUUCCCCUGAACGACGAGGAAGGCACUAGAGCACAUACGAGUCUGUUAGCAAGAGGCAUUUUGGCCAUAUUUCAGAUAGAUUCACAGCCAUGUUGCAAUCGCGACUGGCACAAAGAUCGAUAAGGACGGCAGCUCGAAGCGCUUUCGCGGCUUGCUGCCGUUCUACCGUCUACGCUGCUUCCGCAACAGUACCACGUCGCGUUCUCUCUUCGGCGGUCCCAAGCAAGGCACAACCAUCAACGUCAGAAGGAUUUUUGAACGGUUCUGCCGGGUCUUACAUUGAGGAGAUGUAUAGCGCGUGGCUCAAAGACCCAAAAUCCGUGCAUCUGUCGUGGCAGGUCUACUUUAGAAACCUGGCUGCCGACGGAAAGCAACCCGCAUUCAUGCCCCCACCUACCAUAAUUCCUUCUGCCGAGCUAGAGGGAUACGUUGGUGACUCUGCAUUGUCCGCAGGUGACAAAAUCCCCGCUGGAGAAAUUAUGGAUCACAUGAAGGUGCAGCUCCUUGUUCGCGCAUACCAAGUUCGUGGGCACCACUUGGCGAAGCUGGAUCCAUUGGAAAUUACUGGGUCUGAUGAAAGCAACGCGCCUGAGUUGAGCCACAAGCAUUACGGAUUUGAGGACGCUGAUCUGGAUCGCAAAUUUUAUCUAGGAUCGGGAAUUCUGCCUGCAUUCCUGGCCCAGGAAGGGGAGAAGUCUAUGACUCUGCGUGAAAUCAUCGGCCGCUUGAAACAAACAUAUUGCGGAUCCAUCGGCAUAGAGUAUGGUCACAUUCCCGAUCGCCAGCAAUGUGACUGGCUCCGCCAGCGGUUCGAAGUUCCCACAAAGUACAACUACACAAAAGAACAAAAGAUGAUGAUUUUGGACCGGCUCAUGUGGUCAGAUCACUUUGAACGAUUUGUGGCUACAAAAUACCCCACCGAGAAGCGGUUCGGUUUGGAAGGUUGUGAGAGUUUAAUUCCUGGAAUGAAGUCUUUGAUCGAUCGGUCAGUAGACCAUGGCGUCAACUCCGUUGUGAUGGGUAUGCCUCACCGUGGGCGACUGAACGUGUUGUCGAACGUUGUCCGCAAACCGAAUGAAUCGAUUUUUGCCGAGUUCUCGCAUAGUGCAGAAGACACUGUCGAGGGUUCCGGUGAUGUGAAAUACCAUUUGGGAAUGAACUACAUGCGUCCGACGCCAUCCGGCAAAAUGGUGCACUUGUCUUUGGCUGCCAACCCGUCCCACUUGGAGGCAGUGAACCCGGUUGUGGAAGGAAAGGUUCGUGCCAUCCAGUUUUACCAAAACGACGAAAAAGACCACGGGAAAGCCAUGGCCGUCCUCCUGCACGGUGACGCCGCCUUUGCAGCCCAGGGCGUAGUGUACGAGACCCUGGGUAUGGCUGAUCUUCCUGCCUACACCACCGGAGGUACCAUCCACGUUAUUGUCAACAACCAAGUCGGUUUCACCACCGAUCCUCGUUUCGCUCGGUCUACUCCCUACUGUUCCGAUGUUGCCAAAACAGUCAAUGCGCCCAUCUUGCAUGUGAAUGGUGACGAUGUCGAGGCAGUGGUGUAUGCUAUGGAGCUGGCUUCGGAGUGGCGUGCAAAAUGGAAGAAGGACGUGGUUGUCGAUAUUGUAUGUUACCGUCGUCACGGUCACAACGAGAUUGAUCAGCCUAGCUUCACCCAGCCUUUGAUGUAUCAGCGUAUUGCUGGCAUGACACCUGUCUUGGACAAGUACAUUCAGCAGUUGUUGGCCGAAGGCUCUGUCACUCAAGAAGAAGUGGAUGAGAUGAAGAAGCGCGUGUGGGGAAUCCUCGAAGAGAACUAUGUUGCCAGCCGUGAUUACAAAGCUAGCUCUAAGGAGUGGCAGUCAAGUACCUGGACUGGUUUCAAGGCACCGGCUGAGCUUGCCGCAGAGACAGUCCCCGCUCAGAAGACCGGAAUCGACCUCGACCUUUUGCGAUACAUAGGAGUGGCCGCGGCCAGCUAUCCGUCUGACUUCACCGUCCAUUCCAACUUGGGUAAGAUUUUGCGGCAAAGAGAGAAGAGCGUCAAAGAAGGUAAGGGCAUCGACUGGGCUACGGCCGAGUCUAUGGCCUUUGGAACGUUGCUUGCGGAAGGGAAGCAUGUGCGCCUUAGUGGACAAGAUGUGGAACGUGGAACCUUUUCCCAGCGGCAUGCGUUAUUGAACGAUCAAAAGACGGAAGCUACGUAUGUACCCCUUAACCACCUUGUUGCUGGUGACCUUGUCUCUAGCCAAAACACCUUCACCGUUUGCAACUCCUCAUUGUCGGAGUUUGGCUGUCUCGGCUUCGAGCUCGGUUAUUCUAUGACCAGUCCACAUCAAUUGGUGUUGUGGGAAGCUCAAUUCGGCGACUUUGCGAACAACGCCCAAUGUAUUAUUGACCAAUUUAUUGUGUCUGGAGAGCAAAAGUGGUUACAACGUACUGGAUUAACCCUUUUGCUGCCUCACGGAUAUGAUGGACAAGGCCCAGAACAUUCGUCUGCUCGUAUGGAGCGUUUCCUGCAACUGGCUGAUGAGGAUCCUUACAGUAUGCCUGAUCGUGAGGGAACGGAUCGUGGCAGUUAUGCCCGCCAACAUCAAGACUGUAACAUUCAGGUUGUUUACCCUACUGUGCCGUCAAACUAUUUCCAUGCAUUGCGCCGCCAAGUGCAUCGCGAGUUCCGCAAGCCGCUGAUUGUAUUUGAAUCGAAAGCUCUCCUUCGUCACCCGCUUGCCAAGUCAAGCAUCGAAGAAAUGGGCGCCAACACCCAAUUCCAAAGGGUCAUCCCUGAGGUACUCCACGAAAACCCCUUCUCCGACCUUCAAAUUGCUGGACCUGGCGGUUUGUGGGCCGGUAACAAUGCAGACCCACGCCUUCCAUACGCCCUGAGUGCGGAAAGCGAUUUUCAACUCGCUCCUCCCAACGAGAUCAAAACCGUUAUUUUCUGUUCCGGACAAGUCUACUACCUCCUCUACCGCGCCCGUGCACUCAACAACCUCCGCAAUGUUGCCAUCGUGCGAUUGGAGCAGCUGACACCAUUCCCCUUCUGGGAGGUGAAGGCGAUCGUUGAUCACUAUGGAGCUAGUUUGGAGGAGAUUGUGUGGGCACAGGAGGAAAGUUUCAACUCGGGGGCAUGGUCAUUCGUUGAGCCAAGAAUGGAUACGGCCAUUCGGGAGACGGAUUGGUUCAAGAGUGGAAAGGGUGCGGAAUGGGGAGCCCGUUUUGACUCCCAACGUGUCGCUGGUGGCCUCGACAAUGGCCGUAAGGGAGGAAAGGGUGUCUCUGUCCGUGGUGGGCGCCUGGUUAGAUAUGCCGGUCGCGACAUCUCCGCUGCACCCGCUACAGGAUUGAAGAAGCAACACGUAUUCGAAGAGAAAAUGCUAGUUUCCGAAGCAUUGUUAGGGGGCAAAUUGGUCAAGCCUGCAUCAGUCGAGCAAGGCAUUCCCAAAUUUUAUGAAUAGGCGGCUGGAUCAGUGUGAUUGGUGGGAAUAGAGCUGUGCAUGGUAAUGGGGCUGUCUGUGGUGUUCUUUUUUAUCUAUUGGAUGAGGAUGGGAGGACAAGAGGUGGACAAGAUUAUCGUUUUUUUCAAAGAGCAGACGUAAACAAGA